CCCCCCGGUUACGUCCGUGUACGUACAGAACGCAGCACGGAACAAGCUAUUUGCCAAGCCACGCUGUAGGGACGUUUAGAUUUUUGCUGAGAUUAUUGGGUUCGUUAGCGUCCGUUGGCUCCUGUUUCGGGCUAUUGCAGGCACUGCCGGUCUUGUGCGUGCGAUGGGCCGCAGACAGCGCCACAGACGGCAGCGGCAGCAGCAGCAGCAGCAGCAGCGGGAGAGGGGUCCUGGGGGCUGGCCUGGCAGCGGCUAUCCAGAGAUCGUGAAGGAAAAUGGACGCUUUGAGCACUACUAUGGCAAGCUGGGCAUUGUGCCUCAGGGGGAGUGGGAGAGGUUUAUGGCAGCCCUGCGGGAGCCACUUCCAGCUACUCUCCGCAUCACAGGAUACAAGAGCCAUGCCAAAGAAAUUCUGCAUUGUUUGAAGAACAAGUAUUUCAAGGAGUUAGAGAACCAGGUGGUAGAUGGUCAGAAAAUUGAAAUGCCUCAGCCAUUAAGCUGGUAUCCAGAAGAGUUAGCAUGGCAUACAAACCUAAGCAGAAAAGUCCUGCGGAAAUCCCCACAACUAGAAAAAUUCCAUCACUUUCUUGUUAGUGAAACAGAAUGUGGGAACAUUAGUCGUCAAGAAGCUGUCAGUAUGAUCCCUCCCCUGCUCCUUGAUGUCCAGCCUCAUCAUAAGAUUCUAGAUAUGUGUGCUGCACCAGGGUCCAAAACUGCCCAGCUUAUUGAAAUGCUGCAUGCAGACAUGAAUGUUCCUUUUCCAGAGGGCUUUGUAAUCGCAAAUGAUGUUGACAACAAGCGUUGCUAUUUGCUGGUUCACCAGGCAAAGAGGUUAAAUAGCCCUUGCAUCAUGGUUGUAAACCAUGAUGCUUCCAGCUUCCCUAAUUUACAGUUCACUACUAAUGGAAAGAAGGACAUCCUAUUUUAUGACAGGAUAUUAUGUGAUGUCCCUUGCAGUGGAGAUGGAACCAUGAGAAAAAACAUUGAUGUAUGGAAAAAGUGGACUACUCAAAACAGUUUACACCUACAUGGAUUGCAGUUAAGGAUUGCAACCCGUGGAGUUGAGCUGCUGGCAGAAGGUGGUAGGAUGGUAUAUUCUACCUGUUCAUUGAAUCCUAUUGAAAAUGAAGCUGUCAUUGCCUCUCUGCUGGAAAAAAGCGAAGGUGCCUUAGAACUUGCUGAUGUCUCUUCUGAGUUGCCUGGUCUGAAGAGAAUGCCUGGGGUUACACAGUGGAAGGUAAUGAGAAAAGAUGGUCAGUGGUUUGAAGACUGGCGUGAUGUGCCUUCCAACCGGCAUACUCAAAUCAGGCCCACUAUGUUCCCCUUAAAAGAUGAAGAAAAAGUUAAAGCCUUACAUUUGGAGCGUUGUUUCAGAAUACUGCCACAUCAUCAGAAUACUGGAGGUUUCUUUGUAGCUGUAUUAAUUAAAAAAUCUCCUAUGCCAUGGAAUAAGCGUCAACCCAAGCCCAAGGUGCCACAGGAGCUGGUUGACAUAGCACCUGUAGCUGCAGAACAGGGUUCUUUAGAAACUGUUGAACAUCAUGUGGCCAUAGAAGCAAAAGAUGGAGUCUCCUUGGUAACUGAGAGUACUGGAAACAAGAAGGAUGGUGUUUGUGGGCCUCCUCCAUCUAAAAAAAUGAAGCUUUUUGGAUUUAAGGAAGAUCCGUUUGUGUUCCUUUCUGAAGAUGACCUCCUAUUUUCACCUAUUCAGAAUUUUUAUGCACUAGAUCCUUUAUUUCCCAAGAAGAAUUUGUUAACUCGUACUCAGGAAGGAAAGAAGAGACAAUUGUACAUGGUUUCCAAGGAAAUAAGGGAUAUACUACUGAACAACAGUGAAAAGCUAAAGGUUAUUAACACGGGAAUAAAAGUGUGGUGCCGCAAUAGUGAUGGGGAACAAUUUGGCUGUGCCUUCAGAUUAGCACAAGAGGGAAUAUAUACAUUGUAUCCCUUCAUUAAUGCAAGGAUUAUAAAUGCCAGUAUAGAAGAUAUUAAAGUACUACUGACAGAAGAGAAUCCAUUCUUCAGUAAACUCAGUAUUGAGGCACGCAAUCAAGUCAAAGGGAUGGCUAUGGGGAGCAUAGUCCUGAAGUAUGAACCAGAUCCAGAAAAGCCUGAUACUCUUCAGUGUUCUAUUGUGCUGUGCGGCUGGCUAGGCAAGACUUCCCUUCGUGCCUUUGUGCCCAAGAAUGAGAGGUUGCAUUACCUGAGAAUGAUGGGAGUUGAGGUGUUCAAAGCAAAGAGGAAAGAAGUAGAAGGUAAAACAGAAGCAGGAACCACAGACACCACAGAGCAAGUGCUCGAAGAAAUGGACUUGGAAUGCAAAGCCAAGGAAAACAAUCAGAUAUCUGUGCAAAUAAAUGAUGGACUGAACGGGCAACCUGUAAAGGAACUCAUAGAAACGGGGGUGGUAGAAAGCCUUUCUUCCAGUGUCAAAAGAACCAAAAAUAUAGAAAUCAAAGAUAAUACUGACCUUAGUGAUAAAUAGGCCUAAGAAGUUAACUUUCAUAGACUAUGUGCAUUGUUUUAGAUAUUUAUGCUGCAGUUAAGCAUCUAGAAACAAAUUUUGUUAAAAGGCUAUUACAGUUUUUUGGAGUAAAAUGUGGUAUGGGAACCAUUUUACAAGAAUUUCCUCAUGUUUUAUUUUUUAAAAUAUAAAUUGUUUUCAUAUUUACUUCUUGUACUGUGUAAAUUCUAUGUAAUUUUGGUGGGUCCGUUGCCAGCAAUGGACUCUGCAUCACUAAAAUGACAUUUGUCAGUGUCCGGAUUAAAAAAUUUAAAGUAGCAACUAUAACUUGUAAAAUUGGACUAUGAAUUUGCUUGGUUUUUCGUAAUAGAACCUAUCAAACAAAAUUUACCAACUUUGAUAUACACCCAAUAAAUUUCUUUUUGUUCCUGUGUA